AUGAACUACGGUAAACCUUUAUAUCAACUGCCGUUGUCUGAGAGAUGGUUACUGGUCAUAACAGAUCGUGGAUACAAGUUUUACUUUGACAAGGAUAAUCUGAUUUCCCAUUGGGAAUUGCCAAAUGAGUGUGUUAGCGAGAUGCAAGAACUGAAGAAUAAAAGACAGCAGGUUCUUUUACUACUUGGAGUCGCGCGGGGUGCACAAAUCAUGGACAAGGAAACUGGAGACCUGAACGAGCUUCUCCAUGGCGUACGGCAUCCUGUUAAACAGAUCAACGUGGUCAGCUCUGAAGAGGAAGAUGGUGAAGACGAGAAAAUCGAAGACAAUGAUCAGCUGUCGCCGAUACAACGACAGGCAUCGGACAGCACAGGAAUAAUGCUUGGUUACGAGUCCGACACUGAGGAUGGCAGUGAAAUGGAAGACUCCCAAUCGGAGAAGGAGGAACAGAGUUCGGGAAUUCAACGCCAGAUGUCUGAAGCUAAGAAUCAAUUUACUAAUUCAUCCGACCAAGAGUCAGCUGACUCGUCGUCCGAGGAAGACUCUUCCGCAGGCCUAAAUCUUUCCGAUUUGGAGGACUAUGAGGAAAGCUCCUCAGAAGCAGCAGAGCGUUUCUACAACAUGUUAACGCGCUACGAGGUAGACCCGUACUCCUCCUACGAUCUCGAAUGUGAUAAAUUUAUGAACGAUCCAAUUUAUUUUGAGAUAGAUGAUGAUGAAAAACGAAGGUCAUUAUUUGACCAAUGGUGUACACAGGCCGCUCGGUCGAACAGCAACGUUGAUCCCACCACGAGGGCGGUGAUGGAUUUCUGCAAGUUGCUCAUCCAAAACGACGUCAAACUGAAUAAUUAUCUGGAGUUCAAACGCAAAUUCAGACAAUCCCCUGAAUUUCGGGCGUUGGAGUCAGACAAGAUGCGCAACAAAAUUUUCAAUAAAUACAUCGAGUUCCGAAAAAGCGACCCUAUAGCGUUUGUGCUUCACGCGCUAAGAAAAAGCGGGAAACUUAUAGUUCUUGCUCGUAAGCUGGAAAGCAAAAGACCUCGAAACUUGCUCAAUGCUCUCCGCGAAUCAAACUUCAAUAUCAACCGAGAAAUCGUGGAAUUUAACUUCCUGGACGACCAACAACAAUCCACGGCACUAGAACAAUUUCUAGCUAAUAUAUGA